AUGAUUGAAGAUUUGAACGAUGAUACUGCCAUCGACGCUAUGAAAGACAACACCACCAUGCAAGUCUUCCGAGAUAGCUUGAUCGCCAACCUGGUUGACAUUUACACCGAGUUGAUGGACAGGGCUUGGAAUUAUAUCAACCUCGAUGAGGAGAGGCAAAGGAAAGUUUAUGGGAUGGUUAGCUCGGCACCCAGUAAGCCGCAGAGCACUCUGGGAUCUAACCGUAGUCAAGAUCGGUACCGACCUCUGAACGAGACUUCGGGAUACAGGGGAAGCAAGUCAUUUAGCGCUCAACCCAGUUCGCCUAGCACGGGGCCUGGUACAAAGCCGAGUUUCAGCAUUGGGGGAGGUACGGAAGGAUAUGUGGACCGAGCAGGGGUACCCAGACAAUAUGUACCGCUCAAUACUCCGAGGGAGCAGAUUUUAUCUUGGAUCAAGCACAAUAAUGAGGAGAUUCGUUAUCCCCCGAGUCUGGUGAAAGACGUAGAUCGGUCCAAAUUCUGUGAAUUCCAUGAUGGCUAUGGCCAUGAAACAGAAGAAUGUGGACGCUUGCGAAGUGAGAUAGACAAGCUGGUUUGCCAGGGACGGCUACAACACUUCGUGGUUGCCAAGGAGGGGGGAAGCAGGGAAGCCCAACCCCCAGCAAAGAAAACACAAGUCACAGGGGUGAUUAACACAAUCUCAGGAGGAACCUUGGAAUCUGAAUAUAGCCGAAAACGCCGAAAGAAAAAGCAAAAGAUGGUCAUGUCAGUGUCUGCAGGAUCGCCAUGGCCUAGUAUUAUUUUCGGGCCAGAGGACGCGAAGGGGGUAGAGUUUCCCCACGAAGACGCUUUGAUCGUAUCAACUAUUGUCGGAUCGAAAUGGGUAAAACGACUGCUGGUAGAUGAUGGUAGCUCAGUUAACUUAUUGACUUUGUCAGUAUUUUUGACGCUGGGAGGAUCCAAAACUGAUCUUAAACCAGUGAACAUCCCUCUCCUGGGACUGGGUGGAGCUCCGGUCUGCCCAGAAGGCAUGGUCGAGCUGGACUUGGAGCUCGGAGUCGAAAUACCUCAGAUGGACGGAACAGAGGUGACUAGUAUUCAUUACUUAAUGAUGAAAAUCCCAGUAGAAAAUGAGGUCAUAACUAUUAGGGGAAAUCAAACCUUGUCUCGGCAAUGUUACAUGGCAAAAAUGGGCAGCACGGUGGAAAUGAUGAACAUCGAUACACCGGAGCUGCUCCUCAGAGAGAAAAAGGCUCAGAAACCCCGGGAAAACUUAAAAACAAUUGAAAUAACAGAGGGCUCCGAGAUGUGUGUGAAGCUGGGAGUAGAUUGGCCAAAUGAGCACAGAGAAACUAUCAUAGCUCGGAUAAAACAGUACGUGGAAGAGUUUACCAACAAGCCAGAGGAUAUCGGGGGGGUAGACCCGAGGAUAAUCUCGCACAAGUUAAAUGUAGAUGCUAAGUGCAAGCCUGUCAAGCAAAAGAAAAGAACUUUCUCUCUAGAGAAACAGAUUGCUAUCCGAGAUGAAGUGGAAAAGCUUUUGAAAGCCGGGUUCAUCAGGAUAGUAAAUUACCCAGAGUGGCUGGCCAAUGUGGUUUUAAUCAAGAAAUCUAAUGGCAAAUGCAGGCUUUGUAUAGAUUUCACCGAUCUAAACAAUGCUUGCCCGAAAGACAGUUUCCCUCUGCCGAACACCGACCAACUGGUAGAUGCAACAUGUGGUUUCACAGUCUAUGCAUUCUUAGAUGCUUCUCAGGGAUACCACCAAAUUCCGAUGAACAAGGAUGAUGAGGAAAAGACAGCAUUCACCACAGAUCUGGGGACAUAUUGCUACAAGAAGAUGCCUUUUGAUCAACUGGGCAAGAACGUCGAGGUUUAUGUAGAUGACAUAGUCGUGAAAUCCAGAGGGAUCGAGGAUCACGCAGGGGACCUGGCAAAAACUUUUGAAAAGCUGAAGAAGUUCAACCUUAAAUUGAACCCGGAGAAGUGUGUUUUCGCAGUUCGGUCUGGGAAGUUUCUUGGGCACCUCAUCUCAGAGAAAGGUAUCGAGGCGAACCCGGAGAAAAUCGAGGCAGUAAUGAACAUGAAAGCCCCUAACUCGAAUUUCAAGUGGACAGAGGAGUGCAACGAAGCUUUUGAAGAGUUGAAGGUUUACCUCAGCACACCCCCGGUGCUAGGUAGACCCGAGCGAGGAGAAAUCUUGUACUUAUAUCUCUCGGUGAAUGAUGAGACGGCAGCGGCAGUCCUGGUCAAGGAAGAUAAAGUGGCAGCAGAAAAACUAAGGAGAUAUUUUGAAGCUCACAUCAUAGUAGUACGGACAAACCAACCUCUGAGAAAGGCGUUGCAAAGGCCAGAAAUGUCAGGACGACUGGUCAUCUGGUCGGUCCAGUUGGGAGGAUACGACAUCCGGUAUGAACCGAGACCUUCUCUGAAAGCACAGGUACUAGAAGUCGAUGGAGCAUCAAAUCUGGAAGGAUCUGGAGCAGGCGUGGUCCUGAGAGGGCCUCAUGGAGUUACACUCCGGAGCUCGGUAAAAUUCGAUUUCCCGGCGUCCAAUAACGCCGCGGAAUAUGAGGCUCUGCUGAUCGGAUUGAGAAUGGUAAAUGUGGUCAAAGCCGAGCAUGUAACGAUAAGGAGCAAUUCUCAGUUGGUUGUUUGUCAAAUUUUGGGUACUUUUGAAGCUCCGGAUCCAGAGAUGCGAAGAUACGUUGACAGAGUCAAGUUCUUUUUAAACAAGAUUCAGGAGCUCGGGGGGAAAUGGGUGAUAGAGAAAGUUCCCCGCUUGGAAAAUCAAGAAGCCGACGUACUAGCCAAAGCGGCAACAGUGGAUGAAAAGAUACACGGGGUCCAUUUCUCGGUUCAAAAGCAUUCCAGCAUCGACAACCAUGAAACCAUCUUUCUGACCCAGCCUUUGGAGAAUUGGAUGCAAGGCAUAGCCCAUUACCUGAUGGACGGAACUCUGCCGGAGGACAGAGACAAUGCAUACAAAAUCCUGGGACAAGCCCCUUACUAUGCUUUUCUCGACGGAGUCUUGUACAGGAAGUCAUUCACCUAUCCCUGGUCGAGAUGCCUAACGACAGAGGAGGGCGAGUAUGUUCUGAGAGAAAUACACGAAGGUAUCUGUGGGGCACACAUAGCUCCUCGAAUGUUGGCAAAGAAAGCAGUUCUGUAG